CUUGGAGAGUCCACUCUGUGUCUUCAGCCAGGCACCUCACUCCCUCCAGCACCAUGCCAUACAACUGCUGCCUGCCCACCAUGAGCUGCCGCACCAGCUGCUCCUCCCGGCCAUGUAUACCCAACAGUUGCCAUGGCUGCACCCUGCCUGGGGCCUGCAACAUCCCUGCCAAUGUGGGCAACUGCAAUUGGUUCUGUGAGGGCUCCUUCAAUGGCAACGAGAAGGAGACCAUGCAGUUCCUGAAUGACCGCCUGGCCAGCUACCUGGAGAAGGUGAGGCAGCUGGAGAGAGAGAAUGCAGAGCUGGAGGCUCGGAUCCAGGAGAGGAACCAGCAGCAGGACCCUCUGGUGUGCCCCGCCUACCAGUCCUACUUCAGGACCAUCGAGGAGCUGCAGCAGAAGAUUCUAUGCAGCAAAUCUGAGAAUGCCAGGCUGGUGGUACAGAUAGAUAAUGCCAAGCUGGCUGCAGAUGACUUCAGGACCAAGUAUGAGACUGAGCUGUCUCUGCGGCAGCUGGUGGAGUCAGACAUCAAUGGCCUGCGCAGGAUCCUGGAUGAGCUGACCCUCUGCAAAUCUGACCUGGAGGCUCAGGUGGAGUCACUGAAGGAGGAGCUGCUGUGCCUCAAGAGGAACCACGAGGAGGAAGUCAACACCCUGCGCUGCCAGCUUGGAGACCGCCUCAACGUGGAAGUGGACGCCGCUCCCACUGUGGACCUGAACCGUGUACUCAACGAGACCAGGUGUCAGUACGAGGCCCUGGUGGAAACCAACCGCAGAGAAGUGGAGGAAUGGUUCACCACACAGACUGAGGAGCUGAACAAGCAGGUGGUGUCCAGCUCAGAGCAGCUGCAAUCCUGCCAGGCAGAGAUCAUCGAGCUGAGACGCACAGUCAACGCCCUGGAGAUCGAGCUGCAGGCCCAGCACAACCUGAGAAACUCUCUGGAAAACACACUGACAGAGAGCGAGGCUCGCUACAGCUCCCAGCUGUCCCAGGUUCAGUGCCUGAUCACCAACGUGGAGUCCCAGCUUGGUGAGAUCCGGGCUGACCUGGAGCGUCAGAACCAGGAGUACCAGGUGCUGCUGGACAUCCGUGCCCGGCUGGAGUGUGAGAUCAACACGUACAGAGGCCUGCUGGAGAGCGAGGACUGCAAGCUACCCUGCAAUCCCUGUGCCACAAGCAAUGCGUGUGGCAAGCCCAUCGGGCCCUGUGUCUCCAAUCCCUGCACCCCGUGCCCACCCCCUGCCCCUUGCACACCUUGUGUCCCACGUCCCCGCUGUGGGCCAUGCAACUCCUUUGUACGCUAGAACCUGGGGGAUGCCAAAGGGACAAGGACACAGUGUUCCAGAGCUCCAACCUGUUCUCGUUCAUUCCACAAAGCAGGCAUAAAAACGCAAAACGAAUAACCAGCACAGUGUUAGGAUGAUGGCCCCAGAAACUGUGCCUUCAAUUGUGCCUUCAACUCCUGCACCCUUCUCCAGACCAUUCCCUGCCUGCCUUUCCCUUCAGAAGGACUUGACUUUUCCUUGGCUUGCCCAGAGGACUCUGAAGUGCCAUCGGCCCUCCCUUGUGAUCUCACAAUAAACAUUUUCCUGUCUAAAGCA